AUGAAGGAAGGUUCAGCCAACGAGAGAUUGAGUGGCGAACUACACGCUCGCAAGGACCGGGAGGCUCGGUUCCUGUUAUGUACUGCUGCUAAGAGGAAUUUCUCGGCGCGACAGUUCAAGAGCGAGCUGAAUUUGGCGGUGUCAGCUCGCACAAUUCAGCGUGUACUCUUCAACGCAGACCAAGCGACGCCAAGCUGGUGGACGGUCGGUAAUGGUGUGGCGGGGCAUCAGAUCCGCAGGAAAGACAACUCGAACGACUACGUUUCCGAGUCUCUGCUCCGUUUCGCCCACCUGCCACUAUGGUACUGA